UGUCGUCCAAUGAAAUAAUUGCAUUAUUUAAUUCUAGAAUCCGGGAAGGAUCGAGGGUGGCAAACAGUUGAAAAUUUUUGGCAAAAAAAAGCAAGACUUUUCGAUAAAUAAAAAACAAAGUUCCGUUCGUCGCGUUUAGUGUAAACUUCCGAAAAAUUUAACGUCGCACUCUCCUAACGAAAGCAAGAUGACCGAUCGCAAAGCAGUGAUUAAAAACGCCGACAUGAGCGAGGAUAUGCAACAGGACGCCGUCGACUGCGCGACCCAGGCCAUUGAGAAGUACAACAUCGAGAAGGAUAUCGCCGCUUUUAUCAAAAAGGAAUUCGACAAGAAAUACAACCCGACAUGGCACUGCAUCGUAGGUCGCAACUUCGGAUCGUACGUCACCCACGAAACGCGCCACUUCAUAUACUUCUACCUGGGACAGGUGGCAAUAUUGCUAUUCAAAAGCGGCUAAAUUUUUAACACAAAAAGUCAUUCCCUCAGUAUUCCAAAUUCGGUUUAAUUAACUUAGAGCACAGCUUCCUCCCUGAUUGAUUUAAUUUUAAAUCGUCCAAACUCAUUUUCUAACAAUCGCAGAGAUCGCUUAGGAAAUGUAACGAAAUCGAUAGUUUUAUAAUUGGAAUAAAUAUAAUUUUUUCUCUCUGUUCACCCACUCAUCGUGUUUUUCUUUUUGCGCAACGAACGCUCUUGACCAUAUAACAUUCGGGUUAAUUUUCGCCAUUUUCAGUGAUAAACGCAACUGCCAUCAUCGGGACUCUUUAUGUGAUAUAGGUGAUCAUGUUUGUACAUAAAUUAGGUUGCGAGAGAGUCGACCUUUAUUUAAUUUUAGAGCGGGGGAGAGAGAGAGCGGCAUGGGGAUUAUAUGGUCAAAAUACGUUUUCGUUCAUUUGUACAUAAGAAGUUUAAAUAUAGUGCUAAAAAUUAUGUAAAUGUUUACCUUGUUAUUCCUUCAAAUUCUUAAAUAAAAUGGGAACGUUGUAACAAUUCCUCGUAAUCAAAGGAGGUCGAUUAUGUUUGGGGGUCUUUUCUUACUCGUAGUGUUUAAUCGUUAAUAUGUAGAGGUAUGUUAGGGGGAAAGGCGCGCGGUGAUGGAUUUGGUUCUUCUAAAAGGAUGACUAAUUUAGUCGAUAGAAAAAUAAAAAAAAAAAGCUGCCUUCUACCGGUCAGCAAUUUGGAAGAAUUAAGUUUCAGAAUCGCGUGGGUAUUUGGUUGUGGAUGACCGAUAGGUAAUUUUUUGCACAAAUUGUUAACCCGGAGGCUUGUUUAAUUUUGUCACCUUUACGGAGUACGUUAGGUUUCAAGAAUUUAAAGGAUAUUCGUGGCCGCUUCGAGACGUCCAUAAUUUUUAAUUUGUAUAUUGUAUGUUUAUACAUUACAUAUAUUUUAUCAUUUAAAUCUUGGAGAAGAGUACACUAAAAGAUUCUUUCCGUACUAUAUACAUUUAAUAUUCUCUUAAUAUAUUAUAUACAAGCUA